AUGGCUUUCUCCCAGGUGCAGUGCUUGGACGACAGCCACGUCAACUGGAGGUCCAGCGAGUCCAAGCCCGAGUUCUUCUACAGCGAGGAGCAACGCCUGGCCCUGGAGGCGCUGGCCUCCCGUGGCCCCGACGCCUUCUAUGAAGUCCUGAAGAGGGAGAACAUCAGGGAUUUCCUGUCCGAGCUGGAGCUGAAGAAGAUCCUGGACACGCUGGAGACGUACGACCCCGGCUCCGAGUACAUCCCGCGGCACGGCAGCAGCGGCGGCGGCAGCGAGGGCGAUGGGAACAGCCAAGGGGACGAGCAGGAGCUGGCCCCGUCCCUGGAGUACUGGCCCCAGCGAUCCGACCGCUCCAUCCCGCAGCUGGACCUGGGCUGGCCCGAGACCAUCGCCUACCGCGGGGUCACCAGGGCCACCGUGUACAUGCAGCCACCCAUCGAGGGCCAGGCGCACAUCAAGGAGGUGGUGAGGAAGAUGAUCUGCCAGGCUCAGAAGGUCAUCGCUGUGGUCAUGGACAUGUUCACAGAUGUGGACAUCUUCAAGGACCUCCUGGACGCUGGCUUCAAGAGGAAAGUGGGAGUUUACAUCAUUCUGGAUGAGACCAACGUGAAGCACUUCCUUCAGAUGUGUGAGCGAGCCCACAUGCACGCUGGACACCUGAAGAACCUGCGCGUGCGCAGCACAGGAGGCACCGAGUUCUUCACCCGUUCGGCCACCAAGUUCAAGGGGGCUUUGGCCCAGAAGUUCAUGUUUGUGGAUGGGGAUCGAGCCAUGUGUGGCUCCUACAGCUUCACCUGGUCCGCGGCGAGGACGGACCGAAACGUCAUCACAGUGCUGUCAGGCCAGGUGGUGGAGGCUUUUGACAAGCAGUUCCAGGAGCUGUACCUCAUGUCCAAGGGGGUGAGCCUCAAAUCCAUCUCCAUGGGCGAAGAGCCCGAACCCGAGCCCGUGACGCUGCCCUCCGUGGUGCCCGUGACCCCCGCCAACGCCGUGGUGAAGAAGCUGAUAAACCCCAAAUAUGCCCUGGUGAAGGCCAAGAGUGCUGACCAGAUCAGCAAGACCUCAUCAGAGAACCAGGACAAAAACCAGAAGACUGACAACAAAGGCAAAGCUCCUCCCGAGGGCCAGGGGGGCGAGCGGCACGGCGACGUGGCUGACCUGUCCCUGCUCAUCCACCCCGGCCUCCUGAACCUGGAGAAAGCCAACAUGUUUGACUACCUGCCCACCUGGGUGGAGCCUGACCCCGAGCCUGGCAGCGAAGUUUUGGGCUACAUCAACAUCAUUGACCCCAAGGUGAAGAACGUGAAGCUGUCGCAGAUGAACCGCAUCAAAGUCUGCGACGUCUCCCAGGCCAGCGCCCAGCACCGGCAGAUGCUGAAGAACAGGGAGAUGGAGGCCAGGAAGAACUCGGACCAGGAGCUGCCUCUGCUGUCCCCCAGCCACAGACAGGUCCCACAGCCCCCCAUGGAAGCUCCUGCAGUCCCCACCACCAGCCCCAUUGAAGGUAUCAGCUGGACAAGCAGGCAAGCGGGGACACUCGCCCCUUCGCCGUUGGGCCACCAUUUGAAGCCACAGGAGGAGGCACUGGAGGAUGUCAAGCCUCCAGUUCCAAAGCCAAGGACCGUCCCUGUUGGUGUCCUCAUGACCAAAGUGGUUACAAGCUGUGGCAGCAGCACUGUCCUGCAGGGUGACACGCAGCCACCCCGCACUGACCACACGGGCGCGAAGCAGGAGGAGAAACCCAACCGAGCUCCCACGGAGACCUCCCACGUGCAGCCAGACCGGCCAGGAGCAGCCCCACAGGAGGACAGAGGGCCUCCCUGCACCCACAACGGGCUGGGAGAAGAGGAGGAGGAGGAGGAAGAGGAGUUCAUCACCCUCAGCGACCAGGAGAGCUACUCCAGCAGCUCUGCUGACCACAGCUACCGGCGCUCCAACGCCUCCUCCAUCUCGGACGAGUACUUCGAGGUGCGGGAUCGCUACGGGCCCCUCCGCAGAACCAACUCGGACGUCACCCACAACGGGGAGAUCCUGCCCAUGCAGAGGAAGCUCAGUGACCCUCACAUCAGCAGGGGCACCUUCAUCAGCCCCCUGGGCAGCCUCCCCUCCCUGAAGCACAUGCGCCUGGAGGACGUGACGAAGAGGAGGAGCAACGCCGUGGAGAUCAGGCGUAUGCUGCCCCGCACCCUCCUGGAUGGCAACAGCUCCUACCCCAGCAGUGCCACCCAGGGGACGCCCAUCUACCACUACCGGCCCAGGACCCCGGCGGGCAGAGAGCAGGGCAAGGAGCUCUCCUGCUCCCCCACCCACGAGAAACCCCUCGGGGCCACCAAGUACAGAGGGGAGGCAGCAGAGCCCAAAAAGACCAUUGCAGGCAGCCAGCCCUACUGGCAGAGCAAAACCUUCAGCCCCAGCAAGGCCACAGCAUCCGGCCAGCUGCCCCCAAACACCCCCAGAGCGUUGGGAAAACGCUUCACCUCCCUGCCUGAGAGCCAGAAACCCACGGAGGAGAUGAGGACACCCCUGGGCAUCCCGCUCUCCAAACUGUCCCAGUCCAAGCACCUCAAGAACAAGGUUGUGGGGGCUCAGCAGGGUGCUUGUGUGGACUCCAAAAAGCAGCCCCCCGAGCCCACGGGCCAGAAGGAGCAGUAGGGGUUGGGGAUGGUGGCCUUGCAGAGCCCAGGCUGCGUUCCUUGGGGCAGGGGGUUCUUGUUUACAUUUUCCUGGUGGGUGCACCAGGAAUGGACAUGAUGGACAGCCCAAAAGUCAUCCCUGCCCAGGGCAGAUCUCCAGAGACCAGGUCUUGGAAGAGAUGCAGCCUGGGCAGGUACAGGUAGU